UGCCCGGAGCCUUCCACGCUCGGGAAACCCGGUCAGCUGACCCUGGAUGAAUCUGAGAGAGCCACGUGAGCAGCGAAAGGCGGCUGGGUCAGGUGACCUGCCCCAGGAAGAGGCCAAGAUGGAAAGCCGGUGAAAGGGAAAGGGAGAGGAGCAGGAGGCGGCGAAGGGGAAGCGGGGGCAGGCAGCCACCAUGUCCACCAAGAGGCUGCGCAGUGAAGACUACAAUGACUACAGCUCUACAGAGGUGACUCCUGAUGGCAGCCCCCCAGAGGGAUUAAGUGGCUUUUCUGGCUCAUCAUCCUACCAGCGGUUUGGAGAGGCAAACGGGACAACAUGGCUUCAAACCCUAAUACACCUGUUGAAAGGGAACAUUGGAACAGGUUUGCUGGGGCUUCCGCUGGCCAUCAGAAAUGCUGGCAUUGUGAUGGGUCCCAUCAGCUUGCUUGUGAUCGGAAUAAUUGCACUGCACUGUAUGGAUAUCCUGGUUAAGUGUGCCCACCACUUCUGCAACAAACAUCAGAAGCCAUUUGUUGAUUAUGGUGAUGCUGUGAUGCAUGGGCUGGAAGAAACACCCAGUGCAUGGCUUCGGAAUCAUUCCAUCUGGGGAAGAUACGUAGUGGGAUUUUUCUUGAUUCUUACUCAGCUGGGAUUCUGCUGUGUGUAUUUUGUUUUCCUGGCUGACAAUCUGAAACAAGUGAUAUCAGCUGCUAAUGGUACUACCAACAACUGCAAUGCCAAUGAAACUGCGCUGUUGGCACCAACCAUGAGCUCCCAGUUAUACAUCCUCUGCUUGUUGCCAUUUGUGGUACUGCUUGUCUUCAUCCAGAAUCUCAAGAUACUUUCCAUCUUCUCCAUGCUGGCCAAUCUUCUCAUGCUUAGCAGCCUGAUCAUGAUAUACCAGUACAUCGUCAGGGAUAUUCCAGAUCCCACCCAUUUGCCUAUGGUGGCCCCAUGGAAGACGUUUCCUCUGUUUUUUGGCACAGCCAUUUUUGCUUUUGAAGGCAUUGGAGUGGUACUCCCUUUGGAAAAUAAGAUGAAGAACCCACAGCAGUUUCCUAUCAUUCUCUAUGUGGGAAUGGGGAUUGUUACCACACUCUACCUCAGCCUGGGAGCCCUGGGAUACUUACGCUUUGGAGCUAACAUCCAAGCCAGCAUUACCCUCAAUCUACCUAACUGUUGGUUGUAUCAGUCUGUCAAACUUCUCUAUUCCAUUGGGAUCUUCUUCACUUAUGCGCUGCAGUUCUAUGUCCCUGCCGAAAUAAUAAUUCCUCCAGCUGUCUCCCAGGUUCCCGAACGCUGGAAAUUGUGGUUGAACCUGCUGCUGAGGGUAUGCCUGGUGUGUGUAACAUGUCUGCUAGCCAUCCUGAUCCCCCGCCUGGACAUCGUCCUAUCUCUGGUGGGUUCCGUGAGCAGCAGCGCUCUAGCCAUGAUCAUCCCACCCCUCCUGGAGAUCUGCACCUUCUCCUCCGAAGGCAUGCACCCGCUCAGGAUUGCCAAAGAUAUCCUCAUCAGCGUCAUAGGCUUUGUUGGAUUUGUGGUGGGGACUUACGAGUCUCUCUUCGAACUCAUUGUACCAACGGUUUCGAACGUCACCAGUGCCUUGCCAUGACACUUUUAACCUGCCACAGCUUCUACUCCCAGUCUGUCAUGAACGGUUCAGUAAGUCCUGGUUUCCUCUUGUAGAAACUGCAGGGAUUCCUUCCUCCUUCUUGCUUCCCAAGUAUGUCUAUUUGCAGCUGAAGGGGCAUGGAUGCAGUGAAAAGGAUAGCACUUGCAUCUAUUGUGUGUCUUUGAUUCUUCAUUUAUGAGUCUGCUAUUGUUUGAGAGCUUUCAUAGUUUGAAGGCUGAUCUUUGAUUAGAAUGGGACAUUAGAAUGGGAUGUAACAAUGUUGCCUAUUAGGCAAGGAAUGAUGUACAAGAACCUUGGGUUUAACUCCACACUACAUCUUUCUGAAUCUGGACCAGUACAUGUUUGGGAAAUUAAGAAGAAAUACCACCACUUCCUUUUUGGUUGCACUUUUGAAGCACAUCUGUUUGCUUAAAGGUGACAGCAAGGACUACGAAUCUAUUGAUGUUCUCAUGCAAAUGUUUCUGUUUUUCAAAGAAAAUGGUGUGUAACUUGGGCAAGAUAUAGGAGAGCGGUAAAUGGGAGCCUGUUUACAGUUAUUUUUUAACCGAUGCCACAGUGUGGGUAUCCUCUUCUUUAUUUUCUGUCAUACCUCUUCUCUGUGUUUGUGUGCAUAUUAACACAAUGACAUCAGGAGCAAUGCUCAGGCCAACAUUGAUUGGACUGUUUUCAGAAGACAUAGAGAGCAAAGUUUGUGUUGCUAAAUCAAGCACUUUCUCACAUAGACCCUGUCAAAAAGUUGGUUACUGGGUACCUUGGAAGAAACAUAUGUGCAAAUGCAAGACUUGGGUGUGGGUUAUGGAAGUAAUUUUAGAUGCAGGGGAUUUUAUUUAUGGUGGUAUAUUCAGAGGGAAUAUUGGUAACUAAUUUUAAACUACCGUCUCGUGACUCAAUCAAGCAGAUAAAUAUUAAAUAUAUGUAGAAAAAGGUAUUGGACCUUCCCUUCUCCUUUGCUGAUAUGAGUUAGCCUUCAUAAUCUGUACUGGCAUUGUGCUUGCUGUACAGCAAUUGCGUGUAGAAUAGCUUCUCCCUGAGCAGAUUUGCUGUGUAUUCAUUUACCAAAUUUCUCUGAAUUGGGGGUACCUUGGAUUUUUAGGGUACCUUGGGAAUGACAGGAGAGCAAAGGGAAUUCCAGCUGCAGGUUAUAGGGCCCUAUCAUAAAGAAGCCAAGUUCUCAUAAGCAGCCUGGGAUGAAAAGCAAAACGAGGUAAAGAACUUUCCAGACCCACUUUAUUUUCUCCUAAAUAUAGGACUUGGCAAGAAUUAAUUAUAGGGCAGUUAUCAUGUCUAUUCAAAAGUAAUUCCUGCUUUAUUUCUUCAACAAAGCACCCCUAUAAUGGGUUGCUGUAGUUUUUUUGGGCUGUAUGGCCAUGUUCUAGAAGCAUUCUCUCCUGACGUUUCACCUGCAUCUAUGGCAGGCAUCCUUCAGAGGUUGUGAGGAUGUCUGCCAUAGAUGCAGGCGAAACGUCAGGAGAGAAUGCUUCUAGAAUAUGGCUAUACAGCCCGAAAAACCUACAACAAUGCAGUGAUUAUGGCCAUGAAAGCCUUCGACAAUACAUUGCCCCUAUAAUGGUUUUGAUCUGAGUACUUUUGUGUAAGUGUGAGCAAUCUGAACAGUUUUUGUCUGUUUUGAUGUACACUUGCUUUUGUAAAAAUGUAAUCAUGAUGUUUGAUCCACUUCAUUCCAUUUCUUGACAUUGAUACUGAUAUCAAGAGAAAUUGAACUUCAUUUCUUAUCUACUUUCUCAUUACCCCAAAGCUACAAAUAUAUCCAUUGAGGUAUGCCGGAUUUCAUUAGAAAAUAUUCCUCUUUCUGCAUGGCAAGGAAAACAGUAGAUUAUAAGUACAUUUUAAAAAGGAAUUGACUCAUUCAGUUCACUGUCUCUUCAGUUUCAUGCAGGAACAUUUGUCAAAAUUAUUCAAAUUUUCAGAUCAGAAUGGAGCCAUGUUCUGUCACUAGGUAGAUUUUUAGUUAGUCCUGUGGUAACGGUGCAAGAUUUUUAUAAGAUACUUUAUACAACUUCAAUGGCACAGUUUUAAGUAGGAAUUAGAGUAGAUGAAAUGGAAUUGGUUGAAAGCAGAAACUUCUCACUGGAGCUAAGAAAACUUUCUUUUUUUCUGGGUACAAUUUUCAAAGUCCCCCAGCAAAUGUGAUAGCUAGUUAGGAAAGUUGGCAGUUGUCCCUAAAGUUACUUUCCUACACUCUGCUUCCUUCACUCCUUUUUGUGAGUGACUCAGCAUCACUUAAAAUCUGUUGGGACACAAUAGAGUAAGUAGUUUGUCAAACUCUUUUUUCCCACUUCCUUCCUGGAUUUCAGUUGUAAUGGGAUCCAUGACUUGAUAAAGGACAGCACCAGUUGCAAAAAGGGGAUGUAGAAACAAGUUGAAGAGGAGACACAUAAACAGGUUGGCAAAAUAAUAAUUACAGAUGCUUGUUUGUGUCCUUCUUUCGUUCUGAUAUACAUUUAGCUUUUUCAGUUAAUGUAUGCCAUAGAACUGGUUUUGCUCAUUUUAAAAAAACUACUGGAAAAGAAUGCAGUUUUACAAUUUUGAAGUUAGAACUCUUCCCAUUUUCGUUCUACAGAAGUUCCAAUGGUUGGAAGUUUUUGUAGUACUUUUGAGGGCAUCUCCUUUAUCUUGGCUAACUUUCCAUCUCUCCUAAGGAGCUAUCUUUGCUAAUUUUCUGCCAUAAUGCUCAGAGUCAUGAAUAUUGGUUGCACAUUUAUUUAAUGCUGCUUUGAGAAACAAAGCCAAAUGUAUCAUUGUUUUUGAAAUAUUUAUCUCAGUUUCUCAUUUGCAAUGUUUCUGUAAUGACACAUUUUUUUUAAAAAAAACUUGGUUUUAUACUGCUUAAAGCCUCAUCUUUUGGUGAGAAAGUUGCACUUGACUCCUACAUAAUUAACUGCUUUAACAUUCAUGAAUGUUUAAUGGAGUUGGGGGGGACCCUCACAUAUAAUAUCACUAUCAGGAGUUUUGCUAAUUGUGACUUGUAUCAUUAGGAUGGUAGCUGAUGAGCUAACCUUCAUAGGUUUUGUUAAUGUUGCUGACUUUAAUGGGUUUGUGGGUUACGAAGUCUUUCUUCCUCCCUCCCUCACACACUCAUUCACUCUUUCUUGACAAGAUUCGUUUUCAAUAGACCAGCUUUCUCCUGGUCUGGCACACUCCUCAUGUUUUAGCCUACAUUCCCAUCAUCCCAGCCAGCAUGUCAAUGGCCAAACAUGAUGAUAAAUGCACUUCAGCAUAUUAGGGAAGGUGGAGCUGCAUUUUACUUAUUUGCAUGGAACAUACCCAAUUUUUUGAACAGGCAGAAUUCUGGUAUAUGCUGUUUACCUUUCUAGUGACUUAUCAACUGAAGUCAAGAACGUUCAGGCCAGAACCAUCUCCCAUUUUCUAGGAAGCUACUAUUUGACAUAAUUUUUAAAAGUAGUUUAUUGCCUAGCAGAGAUACUAGUCUGAUUUUGAACUCUCCAUGAGAAUCACUUGAUGUGGUUGUGUGUUUUUUAAAAAUAUAUAUAUACCAAUGGGUAAAAGGGCAUUUCAGUUCUAAAUCAGAUCUAUACUUUGAACUUGGUUUACUUAUUUAUUUCAAAAAAAUCAGUGGCUGAACAAUGAAAUGUAUGUAUAUGAAAUCAAAGUGGAGUUUGGUUGUUCCUGUAGAUUUCUAUAAGAGGAGAAUCAGUGAUCAGGUUCCUCACCAGCAGCUCUUGACAGGACCCCCAAAAAUGUAGUUUCUCUGUGCUAUGGUAUGUAUUUACACAACAGCAGCAAUGGGGAUACUUACCUUCCUGUCAAAUCCCAUGAGAAAGCCUGCUGUUGCAAAUUCUUUCUUUGGCAUCAAUCUAAGAUCCCAGGAAGCUACCCUUGAUUCAUAUCUUUGGGUUUUACCUAUGGAUUACUUAGAGCAGUGGUUCUUAACCUGUGGGUUCCCAGAUGUUUUGGCCUUCAACACCCAGAAAUCCUAACAGCUGGUAAACUGGUUGGGAUUUCUGGGAGUUGUAGACCAAAACACCUGGGGACCCAGAGGUUGAGAACCACUGACCUAGAAGAAUGGUUUGAUAGUCACUUCUUGCAAUGAAGAGAAUAUUCUUUUCUUUUUUUUUUAGUUUUAUGUGUUGUACAGAAUGAAGCAAACAAAUAGUAGGGUAAGUUAAAUGUAGAUAUAUAUUAAUUUGAAUCAGUGGGGGCGGGAUCCCAAUAAAUAAUGAUCCACAAUAUGAUUUUUAAACAAGUGACUUUGAAGGCUGUUAAAGGUGUUUGCGUAUGUCUGUAUGUAUACACUAAAUCACUAAAUGUGUAUUUAUUUGUGCCUAAAUUUGUACAUUGCAAGCAAAUACUUUGUACUGCUGCUACUGUGCAUACCUAGUGGGAAAAUUAAUUAUGUUGUGUAUAAUGGUGCUGUUCCUGAAUCAUGUAUUUUGCUGGAUGUUUUAUUCAAUAAAGUCUUAUUUUUUACUCUA